CGUCAUUCUUCUCGAGAGGACAGUCAAACAGCCUAUGUGCUGACAGCGCUAAAUAUCGCUCUGACUGGUGCUCUAUCAUGCUCCAACCACCGCACCCCGCUAUCCUCGUCCCCGACAUUAUCGAAGAGAUCUUCGUUCAUCUUCGGCCAUAUACCGAGGCGGAGGGCACCUCUGGUGGACAUUGGGCGGUGCUCGCCCGUGCCGCGUGCGUCUGCAGGGCGUUCCGCGAACCUGCGAUGAGGUCGCUGUGGUGGGCGAUCCCUGGUGUAGAGCCGGUAUUGCAGUUUCUUGCGGCUACUUCGCUGCUAUCAGUGACUCAGAUACCCGUGACCGAAUCUCCCUCGCGACUACUCUAUGCCGCGAUCUAUGGUGCAUCGCGAGCGGUUGACCGCUUUUACAACAUGGCGAAUACGGCUGCAACUGUCGUGCAUCCGAAGGAUUGGGAGUGUCUGUGCCGACGUGCAGCGUACACCAGGAUCAUCUUCGAAGGUUCUGCGUGCUAUCAUACUUCGUCGGAUUUCUACGUAUUUUUGAGCUACAAAACCAACGGACGGCCACUCUUCCCGAACGUGCGGGCACUGUCAUGGUACUCGGAGGCGCCCGAUCAUCUUGGCCUCCUCCCGCUGCUCUCCCCAACCGUACGGACACUCAAGCUCAGCCUGGGCCGAAACAUAGGUCUACCGGUGCCCAAUUUGUGGCAGGUGCUUCACCGGCUUCAUCCUGACGAGUUCGAGGGGGCCACCGUAGACCAAAUCUUCCAAACGGCCCUUCCCCGUCUUGGUGAACUAGUCGAGCUGGAAGUGCAAGGAUCACCCAACAUUCCCUACGCGCGGGAGGGGGAGUCGUGGGCGUGCGUCGGCAGCCUUCAACAUCUGCGGAAGCUUAACCUCGAUCACUCCUGUCUCAUCGCCAGUCCAGUUUUCCUCCAGCACCUCUCGGCGCUACCCGUCCUAGAGGAAUUGUCGUUGCACCUCCUUCGCGACGGCCCCACCGCACGAGCUAGUCUCUCCGGCUUCUCCGCUCUCGAGAAGCUUACGCUGGACGUCUGUGGUAGGUCGCACGAGGGUGUCCUUGAGCCAUUUGUCUCUCCGGGCCUGCACACGCUGUCUAUCAGGCUCGACCGCGCCCCUCAAACAGCCAUGCCCGCCAUCAUCAACCACAUCGCCCGCGCAUACCCCCAUAUCCGCUCCAUCUCGCUAAAAGAACGCUAUGGCCAAAGCUCCGAGGACCCGUCCACAAUCCCUUCUUUUGACGAGGUCUUCGCGCGACUCAUGGACCGGGCGGGGAUCGAGGAGUUCUCCCUGCAUACCUACCGCGAACUGUUCGUCUGCACUGCGAGCGACGCGGACUUCGACCGCCUCGCGCAGAGCUGGCCGCAGCUGCGCGUCUUCAGCUUCCUCUCCGCGCCGUUCGGCGCCCGGCUCACGCAUCACACCGUGCUCGCGUUCGCGCGACACUGUCCCUCCCUCCGCACGUUGCACCUCCGUGGAGUUGACUUCGAUGGGCUCACGAAGGAGGAGGCCCGAGCGCUCCCGGGGGCGUCCACGCACGCGCUGGAGGAAUUCGGCGUGUGCGCGGCUCUUUCCGGCGCUGCGCGUGCCGACGACGAAGGCGUGGAUCUGUCCGUCGUGCCAUGA